AGAAGAAUAAAAUGGCUAAGACGGAAGAAGAGCUUAAGCUUGAAGCUAAGACGAACCUUCUCAGUGGAGUCGACAACAUCAAGCUAGCGAUCGAGUAUUUGCUCGGGCUCCAAGACAAACAGGCCCAGAUGAUGCAGAAGAUGGACAAAGACCUUAGGUCAAGAAACUACAUCGUCGACAAAAUGGCCAGAGAAGCCGGUGAGAGAGACACUCUUGUCAAGAACUUGCAACAGAAAAUCAAAGACCUUGAGAACAAGUCUUGCGACCAUGAAGACAAACUCUUCGGCAUCAACACUGACAUUGAAAGCUUCAAGAUGAACUACCAGAUUUUCCAGAGGUCGAUGCAGGACCUCAGAGACAGUCGAGACGGAGCAGGGCUGGCAGACAGAAUUGCUAAGAACGAGCGAGACAUCAAAGACCUCAUGGACCAGGUUGAAAAGGCAAACAGACCUGUGUUUGCUGGCAAAGACGGAGCUGAUGCUGGUGAAAUUGACCAGAUGCUUGAAAACUGGAAGAAAGAAAUGCACUCGAUGUUUGCUAGAAGAGAAGAUGUUGAGUCCCUUGAAGACAGAAUCAAACAGCUAGAACAUGACUGCAAACAGCUCAACGAUAACUUGACCGACACCACUACCACAGCUAAUGAUAAUAAGACCGAGAUCGACAAACUCAAGAAACUGCUUGACGGCAAACUUGACAGCGACAUGUUCGACUCAGAGAUUGCUAAUCUGACUGAGGCUGUCAAGAACGCUGGUGGCGACGUGUCCAAAGUAGUGGCUUCUCCAUCAAGCAACCUCAGCACCAAAGACACCAAGCAAAUCAAGGACGUGCUUGCAAAGUUCCCAGACCUUGAGAAGGCCAUCCAGGAACUCCAGAAGAAACUGGCCGAAGCUGCGACUAAGAAGGAGUUAGACCAGCUUGAGAGAGACAUCAAAGACACUUACGAAGGACAGCUGAAGAAGAUUUCGGAUGACUUGAAAUCACUGAAAGACUUGCUGGACCAUUUAUCGAGAGACAUUGACUUUUUGAAGGCAUCAGGAGGAUCAGGAGGGUCUGGAGCUAAUAACUCUGGUGCUUCUCCAGACAUUAAUAUUCAAAUUACUAACAAGAUUGAAAAACUGGAAGUUAAGUUAGGAAACCUUGAAAACGAACUUUCUAGCCUUAGAAGGUCAAAACCCCAGACUGUGACAAUGCCAACUCAAAAUAUGCCAACAGGAGUUGAUGAAAGUAGAGUUGAGAAAUUAGAAAAAGACCUUAGUAGACUUCAUGAUGAUUUCAAGGGAUUAAAUAACGAAAUUAUUAAAGAGAUUAAGAAUCAUCAAGAUCAAAUCAAUGGCAAAGUUGAUUAUGGUCAAUUAGAAGAAGUCAAAGAUGACCUCUUGGGAAGAAUUGAGGAUUUGAUGAGAGGCCUAAAGCAGUUUGCUGAUAGAAGUGAGACUAAGAAAGCACUCAAAAACCUUGAAAAGCAAUUGAAGAACUUAUAUGAUCUGGUAAUGAGCAGAUUACAAGGAGGAGGUGCUGAUGAAGACGAUGCAAUGUUCUCCAAAAAGCCUCUUGGAGGGUUCUCAUGUGCUUCAUGCGAGAAGAACCUGAUUAAUCUCUCAAAUAAACCACCGGACUAUUACUCUUGGAACAAACUUCCGCUUCGUGAUCCUGCUGAACGUAUCGCCAGGGUAGGACAAGGAUUCUCAAAAAUGCUUUCAAGCAUGAAACCAGAGACAGCUUCAAGAUUCCAAGGAGUGUCUUCAAAAUACAACCAGCAAUAUUUCGAAAACCCAGAUCAUACUGCUCAACCAGUGAGAACGCAGCAAAACUUCUACCAAGGAAACGACGAGUAUAAGAGACCAGAGAGCGCAGGGAUGGGAGAAAAAUAAGAAAUAAU